AUGCCGCCCAAGAGGCGUGGAGCUCCCGCCAGCUCCGCCGCCGCCCCGAAGCGCGCACGCCCGUCCAAGCUCGCAAAGGAGAAUAACAUUACCGCCGAAGAGGAGAACGAGAUCAAAGAGGUUUUCCACCUCUUCGCUGAUGCGCACGAGGACUUCCCCGCCGAGAAGGAUGGCGUCAUGCCGCGCGAGGACAUGCGCAAAGCACUAGUAGCCCUCGGCGUCCCACCAACAGACUCGGCCGAACUUGCCGACAUCCUGUCCGCCAUCGACCCAACCUCCACCGGCUACAUCCCGUACAGCCCCUUUGUCUCAGCAGUCGCCGCGAAGCUGCGCUCCCGCGAUGACGACGCCAUGGUCGCCGAGGUCGACGAUGCAUACCAGCUUUUCACGCGCGGGUCGGACGGGCCGAUCUCGUUGGGGCAUCUGCGGCGCAUCGCGCGCGAGUUAAAGGAGGAGUCGGUGGAUGAUGAGCUGCUGAAGGAUAUGAUUCUGGAGGCGAAUGGGGGUGCUGGGUUGAGCGCGGGCGUGACGUUGGAGCAGUUUCAUGAUGUUAUGACGCGGGCGGGUGUUUUCUAA